UCAGAUUUUUCUCCUCCUCCUUCGUCAAGCGCGGCAUCGACGGGCGAAAGAUCUGAUGAGACACUUGCGCGCAGAUAAUUGAAGUAGCCUUUCUGAAUUUGGUGGUGGCUGUCACGAUAUUUAUUUUUCAAAUGGGAAACUUUGAAGUUUCAACUUUCAACAGAGCAGCCGAAUCAAAUAAUAUUUGUAUAUUUCUAUUUUUUUGUCAUUGUCAAAAACAUUGACCUUUGGUUGACAGGUGGCCGUCCUCUUCUGUUUUCUCCUCACCCCUACCCAUUUUCGUUCCGGUCGAUAGACCGUAAUGAACUAAUGAACCUCACCAACCGUUCGAUUCUGAUUCGUGAGGGUGUGGGAAGUGACCUAACCUCUGUGUACACAUGGAGAAGUAACUGACUUGGAACGUCAAAGUUAACUGCUCUCUUGCGCCGCGGAUCACGGUGGCGCUUUCUAUAAUUAUAAAGCUCAAACCGUCUGAACUCUUUCUCACACAGCAAAACCGAUUGCGCUCUGCAGAAUUACAUCAAAUUUCCUUGUGAAUAUGCAGCAUCUGAAAAACCCCACCAAAACCCAGUCUUUGAUUAGCUUCAUCUUGGUCUGCUCUUCAUUUGGGGUCGUUUAUCUUCUCGUAUCAUUGCUAGCUGUUCGUACUUCUAGGGUCGUACAUGUGCAUUCUUCUUCACAAGAUGUGGCUGCGCAGACGUCACUUGAUCAUAUUGUGUUUGGAAUUGCUUCAAGCAUGAAAUCAUGGCCUAAGCGAAAGGAGUAUGUGAAACUCUGGUGGAAACCCAAUCAGAUGAGGGGAUGUGUGUUUGUCGAAAGCCUUUCAGCCGAAGAACAGGCCAACAAUGCCAGUUCUUCUCUUCCUCCUCUCUGCGUUUCUGAGGAUACUUCAAGAUUUCGUUACACCUACCGAGGUGGAUCCCGGUCAGCAAUCCGUGUGGCACGUGUUGUGGCGGAGACUGUUGCUCUGAAUCAUUCUGAUGUAAGAUGGUAUGUCUUUGGAGAUGAUGACACAGUUUUCUUUCCAGAGAAUUUGUUGAAGAUCCUCUCCAAAUAUGAUCACGAACUUUGGUACUAUAUCGGCGCGCACUCAGAGAGCUACGAGCAAAACCGAUUCUUUGGCUUUGGAAUGGCUUUUGGUGGAGCAGGUUUCGCCAUAAGUUCCUCCCUAGCAAAGGUUUUAGCUAAAGUUUUUGAUUCAUGCAUAGAAAGGUAUCCUCAUCUAUAUGGAAGUGAUGGCAGGGUGUACUCUUGCUUGACAGAACUCGGCGUUGGAUUAACCCACGAACCCGGUUUUCACCAGGUUGAUAUGCACGGAAAUAUGUUUGGUCUAUUGGCUGCACACCCUGUGACACCCUUGUUAUCCCUCCAUCACCUGGACUAUACAGAUCCUGUCUUUCCCAACAUGACGAAAACACAAGCCUUAGGACGUUUAUUUGAGGCUGCUAAUGUGGAUUCUCAGAGGAUCAUGCAACAAACAGUUUGUUAUGACAGGUGGUUUUCAUGGACAAUCUCGGUGUCAUGGGGCUAUGCUGUUCAGGUGUUCCCAAACCAUAUGUUCUUGCCUGAUGCUCUGAGCGUGCAACAAACAUUCAGGCAGUGGAAGAAGGGAAGUGCAUUUGCAGGAGCAUUCACUUUUAACAAAAAAGACCCUCACCCCGACCCAUGCAAAAGACCCACCAUUUUUUACCUGGACAGUUUGUCUUCAGGCCAGGAUGUGAUCACAAGUAAUUACACUAGACAUUAUCAAAACUGUUCAUAUGAUUCUGCUUCGCCGAGGAAAAUGAAAACGAUCAAAGUGGUUACAAAUAAGCUAGACCUCAACAUAAAACAGUUGCAGGCUCCGAGAAGGCAGUGCUGUGAUGUGUUGCCCUCUACAGCUCGUGACUCCAUGGAAAUUGCAAUUAGAGAAUGCAAAGAGGACGAAUUGAUUUACAUGCAUCGAUAGAAGUACAAUAUCAAGCGUUGUUGAGGCAAACAAGAAAAAAGAAAUAGUUGAAGGAAAUGUACAAGGGAAUGCCCACAUAUGCUUGUAGAGUCUCAUCAUUAGUCCAGAAUUCCCAUAGAUGCUUGUAGAGAUUUACCAGCCUAGUCGACUUCAGAUAAACUAAUAGCACACCAGGCAAUAUACUGAGGCUGCUAGGAUGGAAACGCAAGGGGAAAAGUUGUAUUUUGAAGGUUAAUUGACAUUCUUUUUGGUCAAGUUAUUGACUAAUAAAUUCAAUAAUGGAUUUCUAGUCUGCUUCCUUCAGCUAAAA